GUAGGCUCUAUUCUCGAAUUUCGUUCAACCAAUAAUUUUAGAGAUAAAAUUCGUUGAAAAAUCAACAAUUCAAUUUGUUUAGCUUUAUAUAAAGCUAAUUCCGCCGCCUGGAUAGUAGGUGUACCGGCAAUGCCCAGGUUGCUUGCGCAUGGCGUUUGUAGUAAGCAGAUCGCCAAAUACACGAAGCUGUUGGUCAGAUGGGGAAGGAAUACUAGCAUUUUAUCUGGAAUUUGUGCAGUUUCGCUAGGCGCGGUAUCGAGCUAUACCGAAUAUCCGCCUGAAAUUUUGCUCAUGCACUGUGUUCGCUUUGCGAGAGCUGCUUAUUGCGUCGCGAUGAUCGCAUUUGAUUACAAAUGGCACUUUAGAUAUUUGGAGCGGGGAACUAAUGAAUAUGAAACAAUGCGUACAUUCGUCAAUUUAAAGACGGGUCAGCGCCUGUUGCAGCUUUGCCAAAAAAAUCAGGCUACUUUCAUCAAAGUCGGACAGCACAUUGCAUCUUUGAACCAAAUAUUACCGCGAGAGAUUACAACUGCACUUUCAGUGCUUCAGGACAAAGUAGAACCCAGACCGUACAAAGAUAUCGCAUUCAUCUUUCAACAAGAACUGCGAAAAAAUCCAGGACAAAUAUUUCAGUACUUCGAAAAGGAACCAGUCGCAUCGGCCUCUAUAGCUCAAGUGCAUAAGUCAGUCCUUCUUAAUGGAACAAAGUGCGCUGUAAAAGUCCAAUAUCCCUACAUUGAGUAUAUGAUUGGAGGUGACCUGUUUACGAUCAGUAUCCUGGUUCACCUAAUGGCUGCGGUAUUUCCAAAUUUCUCACUUACUUGGAUACUUCCGCAACUGAAUUACGUUUACGAAGAAAUCGACUUUUACAGGGAAGCCAGCAAUUCUAAAAGAGCUAAAGCCAAUUUUAAAAAUUACAACAACAUAUACAUCCCUAAGGUAUUUGAUGAGUAUUCAACUAAAAAGAUAUUGGUCAUGGAAUACAUGGAUGGAAUUAAAGUUAACGAUAUAGAGGCUCUAAAUCAAAACCAUUACAAUAAGUUUGAAAUUGUGUCGUUGAUAAAUGAGUGUGUUAAUAUCCAGAUCUUUCAACACGGAUUCGUACACGCGGACCCUCACCCUGGAAAUUUGAUGGUAUGCAAAGAAAACGAUAAAUUGAAAUUGAUCGUUCUAGACCACGGAUUAUAUAAAGAAAUCCCGCGAGAUGUUCGGUUAAACUACUGCCAUCUACUCCAGUCACUUUUGAAAAAGGACAAGUCCGCCACGCAAUAUUACUCUCGUCAGCUGGGAGCUGGAGAUUUGCAUGAACUAUUAGCAGUUAUGAUGCUUUUAAGAAUUAAGUCUGACAUAAGACUCAACGGAACGAAGUUUAGCCAGAAAGAUCUCGAAAAAUUACGGAAUGUGUUCGGUAAUUCCUUCGACCAAGGAUUUAAAUCUACUAACCAACUUCUUGAAUCCAUCCCUAGGGAACUUUUGUAUGCAUUCAAAGCAUCAAACUUAGUCAGGUCAAUUGCCUUCGAUCUGGGUAUUCCUAUAUCGGUAAAAUUUGCGGACACCGUACGACAUGCCUUAAAUGGGAUCCAAGCAGAGUACCCUUCAACUUUUAGAUUCGCAAUCAAGAAAUGGUUUGAAAUACUCCAGCUAAAAAUUCAAAUCAUCAAGGGAAACAUCGUUUUGUAUCUUUCAGGUCUUUUCUCCUACUCUAGUUAUGCAUUAUUUUUUUGAAUGUGCUGGUUCCAGACGUAACAGAUUUCUAUUAGAAUCAAGUGUUCCUUAAAUACGCAAUUACCUUUAUCGUCUGCUCCUCUCCCAUGCUUCUCAAAGCCAGAUAAGGCAGAUACGUACAUUUCCCUUCAUGUCGUUAGAACUCGGGGGACUGAAUUAUAUAACCCUGCAAGGCGUACACCUUUUUCCAAAUUCAAGUCGGCAUACAUGCGAAUAAUAAAGUAGCACCUUUAUAUAUGAAA